AUGGGAGUGGCUCUGACCCCACUGGAGCGGGUGCAGGCACUGACAAGGAAGGGUGGGCCAGCACCCCUCCACCUGCGCCCUGGCUGGUGCAGUCUGCAGAACGCGUCAAGGCGGCACAACGUGUGCUUCCACAUUAGUGAUGAGCGAGCCCCGGACGGGCUGAGCCACCUGCCUGCCGUCCAGCCGCUUGAUGGAAGGACUGUGGCCACCCAGGACUCCAAGACGGCCUCCAUCGUUCCACUGAAGGAGAGGAAGCUAAUGGAUGUAAAACUGGGGGGGCUGCCCAGCUGGAUGCUGAUGUGGGACUUCACCCUGAGCGGCAUCGCAGGAGCGUUCCAGCAAGGCUACUACCAGUACUACAACAAGUACUUCAACGUGAAGAAGGGGAGCAUCGCUGUGCUGUCCAUGGUGCUGACACCUUACGUGGUGUUCAGCUACUGCCUUUCUUACAAGGAGCUCAAACAUGAAUGGUUACGGAAAUACCACUAA